AUGGCGUCGUCAACGGAACCAAAGAGAGAAGGAUGGGGUGGUGGUGGUCGUCGACAUGGACCUCCAACAGAAGAAGAACGUCGUCAACAUGAAGCUGAAUUUCAACAAGAUUUUUUAAAUGAAUAUCGCAAACGAUAUGGUGAUGCAUCUAUUUCAUCUGAUCAAGUAUGGGAAUUAUUUCAAGCAACAGAAGAUCAAUGGCAUGCUAAGAUGAAGGAACGUCAUCGUCGUCAUUCACCAAAUCAUGGUGGUCCUCCACCACAUCAUGGUGGUCCCCCACCACAUCAUGGCGGUCCUCCUCCUCAUUUCGAAGAAAUGCGCAAGCGAGUCCUAUCAGAAUUACAGCAAGAAUUUUAUAACGAUUUUAAAACUACAUACAGUGCUAAUAAAAUUAAUGCCGAUCAAGCAUGGGUUCUUAUUCAAAAAUUGCAAAAAAGUAAACAUGAAAAAUUUGAAGCCGAUCGACGAAAACACGGUCAUGGACCACCGCCGCCUCAUCAAUAA